AGUUACACGCCUCCGGGGACACGGGCUUUUCCACCAAUUAUUUCCCGUCUAACCUACCCUGAACCCCCAAGGAGGUUCCCCCGAAGAGGGAGGUUAAAAAAAAAAAAUAAGUCCAACGAUGGAUGACCCUUCGAGGCGCGGACCUAGUAAUGCGCCAGGCGACGAGCCACAAUGUGCACCAACCGCGACCGGCCCCGCCAUGUUCUCGGGCUUGCACUCGUCUAUACCACCGCUGGCUCGAGCAGGUCACGAGCUUCCUUUCGUGCAGCCAUCCUCGUAUCUAAGACCUAAACUUCGGAGUCGCACAACACCUGUGCCAGAGACGCCAAUGACUCCUCCCAUAGACGAAGAACAGUUGCAGGGCCUGAUAGGCUUGCGCAACUUUCUCCGAGUUAGAACUAGCUACGAUGUUCUUCCUCUAUCCUUUCGCCUAAUCGUGCUCGAUAACGAUCUCCUAAUAAAGAAGAGUCUGGACAUCCUAAUUCAGAAUGGGAUUGUGUCCGCACCGCUAUGGAAUUCGCAACAAUCGAAAUUCGCCGGUCUCCUCACUGCAACCGAUUAUAUCAAUCUAAUCCAAUACUACUGCCAAUUCCCUGAACACAUUGAUGAUGUGGAUAAGUUUAGGUUGAGCAGCCUUCGCGACAUCGAAAGGGCAAUCGGCGUGCUCCCGUUAGAAACGAUAUCUGUCCACCCGUCGAGGCCGCUGUACGAAGCUUGCAGCCGCAUGCUCAAGAGUCGCGCUCGCCGUAUUCCGCUUGUCGACAUCGACCACGAAACCGAGAGGGAGACGGUAGUAAGUGUCAUUACGCAGUAUCGCAUCCUCAAAUUCAUCGCCGUGAAUACAGAACAACACACGAUGCUCCUCAAGCAAUCCGUGCGAGAGAUUGGAUUAGGAACGUACAAUAAUCUUGCGACGGCCAAGAUGACGGACUCGGUACUCGAAGUAAUAAAUCUCAUGGUGGUACAUAAUAUUUCUGCCAUACCCAUUAUCGACAAGAACAAUGUGGUUCUCAACGUUUUCGAGGCCGUCGAUGUUAUACCGUGUAUAAAGGGCGGUGUAUACGACGAGUUGAAGUCUACUGUAGGAGAGGCAUUAACAAAAAGACCCGAAGACUUCCAAGGCAUUUACACUUGCCAAGAGGACGACAGGCUCGAUUCGAUUUUCGUGACACUACGUCAAUCUCGAGUACAUAGGUUGGUGGUCAUCGAUGACAAUUGGCAUCUGAAAGGGAUCAUUUCCCUUUCCGACAUCCUUAAGUACGUCCUGUUUACUGGGGUGACUAGUGACGAGGGUCGUGAAGACUUCCCCCGGCCGUGACGGGUCAAGGUGACUUGACACUAUUUUUUUUUAACGACGCAUACGACACCUUGGAAAGGGCGGCAAUGAGGUUAGGUAUGGAGUCAAGAGUAUUGACAAGCAUUGCACAGGAGUAUGGCGUUCGAAAGACUAAAGUGGUUGAUAAGGAUCAGUCCUUUUGAGCCCGCAUACAUUUUUCCAUCCUCUCAUGGUCCUCACAUAUUUGGUUAGGAAGGGGAAAGAAUUACACGGUCUAGACAGGGAGGCUGGGUAGAAAGACAGAAUUGUCUGGAUUUACUCAUGGUCAUAUCACAAACUUGGAAGUGCAAUAUAUCAUCAUUUUUUGAAUUUCCCGCCAAUAUUGCUAUAAGCAUGCCACUUUCCUCAUAACCUCUUCGCUCUUUCUAGUGAUCGAUUCUAGGUUCACGCCUAGGUAUCAUCGUGAUACGUGCCCUCCUAGAGGUAGGCCGUACCUACUCCUAGAAAGUAAGCGAGACCCAAGGUAUGCAGCCGAAGAGUUUCCUAAACCGUUGAAAAAACAAAUUAUUAUAGCACGUAGAUUCUAGAAUGUAUUUAUUUUCCUCUUCUA